UUAGUUUGUUUACCGCAGUCGCGUUUGUUAUCUGAGAAAAGUGGUGUUUGUGAUUUUGGUUUUGAUUAUUGAAGCUGGUGUCUGGAGUCGGACCCAGUGUCGCGAGGGAGGCGGCUCCGUCCGGGCAGCAAAGAUGGCGGCGGUGGUGGUGGCUCGGCUAAGGACAGGAGGGGCUUUCUGUUCAUUUCUUUACCGAGCAUGUUUACGCACCAGGCAAGUUCCUGAAGCUCUCCGAUUGCACUGUCUUCAGAAAAAUGCAGCAAACUGGAGGAUUUCAACCUCUCUUAUAAAUCAUAAACGCACCUUCAGCACAACUUAUUCAAACUUUACUCCUGCUGUUACCCAAUCUGCUCCAUUUUUCAAGGGUACUGCUGUAGUCAAUGGUGAGUUCAAAGAGAUCAAUUUGGAUGACUACAAGGGAAAAUAUCUGGUCGUUUUCUUCUAUCCUCUGGAUUUCACCUUUGUUUGUCCGACUGAGAUCGUUGCAUUUAGCAACAAAGCAAGUGAGUUCCAUGAUGUAAACUGUGAAGUAAUUGGUGUGUCUGUAGACUCUCAUUUCUCCCAUCUUGCCUGGAUCAACAUGCCAAGAAAGAGUGGGGGUCUCGGGCAUAUGAAUAUACCAUUGUUGUCUGAUUUAACAAAGCAGAUCUCUCGGGAUUAUGGAGUGUUGAUGGAAAACUCUGGUAUUGCUCUGAGAGGUCUUUUCAUCAUUGACACUAAUGGCAUUAUCAAGCACAUCAGCAUCAAUGAUCUGCCUGUAGGUCGCAGUGCUGAAGAAACCCUACGCUUAGUUAAGGCCUUCCAGUUUGUGGAAACCCAUGGAGAGGUUUGCCCAGCUGAGUGGACACCUGAAUCUCCAACGAUCAAGCCUUCUCCAGAAGGUUCGAAGGAGUACUUUGCAAAUGUCAAGGAGUAGCAUCUAAUUUGUAUACUUAUUACUUUGUUUUGGACUAUUUGGAAUAAGUAUUCAGAGGUGAAUGUUUUCUUUACCUAAUAAUGUUGGAUGUCAGACUAAAGUUCACCAGGUCUGAGCUACUAAAUUUGAAUGUUUGUCCAAUGAAUUUUAUCGGUCAAAUGAAGAUGGAUGCUAUACUACUGAAUGCUCAUUCAUUGUUUAAAAAUAUGUAUAUCCUGAAGCAAGCCAGAAGAAUAAGAUCUGGCAAAAAAAAUCGUGACCAAUUAAAAUUGAGGUAGUAGCUAACCACGUACUAGAAGCUAAAUUGAAAGUCUACUUAAGUGACAUCUUUUAAAAUUAAGUUUAUUGUUUAAAUGAUAAUGACUUCAACUAUUUUUAACUAUAUGCUUAUCAAAUAUACACAUAUACACUUCUAAAUAAAGGUAUGAAUGCUUA